AUGCUUCGCAUCCGAGAGCUAUCUGCUUGCCCCAAUGUCGAUCAUAUUGUUUGUCAUGUUGUGGAAGCCCACCUACGCGUCCAAUUGGGAAACAUUGCCUUGGAGGGUGCACGGCACAGCGAAGCUGUUGAAUACUUCACUGCCGCUGUCAAUGCUAGUGCUUCCUUUUACAAAUUGCCAAUUCAUUUGUUGUACGAUGAAUUCGUCGUGCUCUUUGGCUGGGACCUCAAGUCGUUGUGGCAAACUGCGCACCAGCAACAGUGUUGUGCAUUCUUUCGAGCAGGUAGUUUCGGAACAGCCAUCGAAUCAUAUCAGUCCAUCAUGGAUAAGAUUGAUGAGGAUCUGAAGGCUGAUUUGCGUGCUUGUCAACAACUGUACUUCACUCAGCUCUCAAGUAAGAUCGAAACGCGCUCUAUGCUUCCCACGGAGACGAUGCGCUUGCCUUUUCAUUCAUACCUUGACGGUAGCUGUGUUGCUCAAAUAGUCCUCGUAUCUUUACUUUCACUUGAAAUCACUUCUGAACAUUGUCUCGUUUGCUCAUAUCUGUUCUCCAUCACGUGCAAACCUGCCAAUCUCUAUCUGCAUCGACAAAUACGUAGCUCAGAGCUUGACGAGCCCGUUCGUUCCAUGUUCAAGUGGUAUGGAUCUCACGAGUGUGCAUCAUCUACCUUGAGAAGUCGAGCGGAAGACCUGGAAUAG